AAGCUGUAUGUCUGUCUAAUUGUCUAUUCUGUCACUUUUAUUUACCAUGUCAUGAAAUUAUUGGGUGGAUUUACAGGAUUUAAUAAGUCUAAGUCAAUGUUAAUUCCUUCGCAAAUAUAAUUAACUGUUACUGUUUUAUAAGACAAAGAUGGUAUGGAGGACAACUCUACAACUUGUAAAAAGCCAACAUGGCAAAACUGUGUUCACUGUCCUCGACUUCUUUUCACUUCUGCCACGGAAUUUGAAAGGCAUAUACAAGAUAAGCACAGCAUUAAAGAGGGAUCUAUUAUAUUGUGUCAGUAUGGCCAAAAUGGUAUGUGUUCCUCUCUGCAGUUCGGUGAUUUGCGGAAAGCAGGAUUUAAGUACCACGUAAGGGAAUACCAUUUGUACAUAAAGGACUCUAAUGACGACUGGACCUUCUAUUCUUCCUCACAAAAUCUUCCAGCAGUAUUAAAUGAUCCAAAUAGAGGUAAACAAAGUAAUUUUUUUACUAAAACAUGGGGCGAUAGUUUCGUUGAAAAGGUUGAUAUAUACCCUAGUCCAUAUCUACCUGAAAUUACUUUAGCACACUUUGAAUCAUAUUGCAAAAGAGUUGCUAAAAAAUAUAGACGUCAUUGCAGACUGAAAGAAAAUGUUCCCGUAAAAAAUAAAACACCUGUGGUUGAAAAUGUUUGUGAGGUGCCUAAUAUAUUCUAUGAACAAUCACUACCAUUAAAUAAUCCAGAAGUAUUUAGCCAAGUAUUUCCUAGUCUAUGUGGUUCUGAAGAACCUAGCAUUGCAAUUAGAUCUCUUCAGGAAACACUAAGUACAUACCUAGAUGUUAUUGAAAUGAAAAUCUCUAAGCAAGUAGCUCAAAAGUCUGAUGCAUUUUUUCAUGCAAUGUUAUCUCAUGACACAAUAAUGGAGCAGAUGGCAAGAGCUGUGAAUACUGUGAGAAAAACAAGACAAAACAUAACCCAUGUUAAGGGCAAUUUAACAGAAUGUCCUCUGAAAUUAGCAAGUUUGACAAGAAUAAAUCAUAACUUGAACAAUGUCCAUGACCUUUUAAAGUUGAUGGGAACUGUACAGCAAACUCAACCAAUGAUACAGCUUCUCUUGAGCACCUCAGAUUAUGUAGCAGCCUUAGACUUGAUCAGUUCCACCCAAAAGGUGUUAUCAACACGCCUGUCAGGAAUACAAGCAUUUCGUCAUUUAUCUCCACAACUGACUGAAAUGAAAAGAUUAAUACAUAAAAUGUUAAGCAAUGAGUUUUUAAGAUUCAUUGUAACAGACUUAAAUAGACAUCCAAAGGAUGACACAGAAAUACCAGAAAGAGAAAAAGUUGUAUCAAUAGUUUCUGGAAUCCUUCGCCUAAAGGAAUUAGAUUUCAUAGAUACUUUUAAAAUAGAAGCAAUGACGUCUAUUCAAGCUACUAUCAAACAAUCUGUUAUAGAAAUCAUUUCUGAAAGAGAUGGAAAUACAGAAAUUGUUUUAAGGGGAUCUAAUGCAGACAACAUGUGGCUGUUGUGUAAUGAAGGUAUAACAUUUCUGGAAAAAGUUACUCCAAAUUUAAUAAUUUUAUUCAAAAGAAUAUUGGCCUUACACCACUUGAUAUUGGAAAUUACUCAAAUGGAUGAUGUUACUGGAAAUGAUAGUGAAGAUGUGUGGUCACCUGAGGAACUAGGUGUGGUGGAAGAAAAGUUAAAAAAAAUGAUAGGAUCCCUCUCUGAUUAUUGCAAUGAAAGAUGUGCUAAUCUAAUAGUAACCAAAACUGACAAAGAUUAUGUUUUUUCUGAUAUGUCUCAGUUAUCAACCUUAUCUAAACUCAUUGAAAGCUUUUGUGAUCAAUGUGAAGAAAUUACUGGACAUUCUAGUAAUGCAAUGAAGCUAGCUCUAAGAAGCUAUGCUAUGAAGUAUAUACAAUGUUUACAUGCUGAAAGAAGAACUCAACUGACUAAUGCUCUAAAUACAGAGAGAUGGAAAGCUGCAGAUGUACCUAGUGAGUUACAGAGUGCAAUAAAUAUUAUUCAUGAAUCAGGAGAAAUACCAAGUACUGUACAGUAUGACAGUGGCAAACCUGAUGGAAAAUAUUUGUUAAUUAAUAAGGAAAGUUAUGCUGUUGUAGCAACAGUACAACUAUUGAUAAAAAUAUUACUGGAAUAUUGUGAUGCAACUAAACAAUCUCCUGUCAUUGUUCAGUAUUUGGUUCACUGCAUGUUAGAAUUGAUCCGGUUAUUCAAUUCUCGGUGCUGCCAAUUAGUUUUAGGUGCUGGAGCAAUACAAAGUGCUGGUCUAAAAACUAUCUCUACAUCCAAUCUUGCUUUGGUUUCUAGAUCCCUACAGGUUGUCAUGUGGUUUUUACCCAAAAUAAGAGGGUUGCUAGAGAAACAGCACUCUAAAGAUAUAUCACUUAAUGGUUUUAGUAAUAUAGAGAGUGAUAUAGUCAGCCAUAAGCAAGAAAUAGAAAAUAAGAUUUGUCUCAUAGUAAGUAAUAUGCUUGCAUCUCAACUGAAUGGGUGGGAUGCCAAACCACCAGUUCCAUCUCAAACAUUCCGAAAUAUUUCGAAACAUUUAGUUAAGUUACAUGAAGCACUUAUUGAUAUAUUUCCCAAUGAACAAAUACGAACCAUUUAUAAAAGAGUACAUGAUAAUUUCAAAGACAAGCUUAGAGAACAAUUAGUGAAGAUGAAUAUUGUAGCAAAUGGAAGUCCUCAGCAUGGUGUGGUUACAUCAGAAUUAACUUUCUACUUACAAACCCUCAAAACAUUACGGGUCAUAAAUGACAAUGAUGCAGAGGACAAUAUAUUGUAUGAUAUAUGGUUAAAUUAAGUUCAGAUAAUAUAAAUAUUCUGUAGCCAUUUAUUUUUAAAGUACUUUAUCAUUUCAACCAUAUUUAUAGUUUUAAAAAUUUACAAUGUUUGUAGCUCUGGAACAAAAGUAACUUGGUAAAGACCAAAGGAAACAUCUUUAUAAAAUUUAAUACUAAUAUGAUUAUGGAAUUGAUGUAUUUAUGUAUUGUGUAAAUAAACAUAUAAGUUUAAAUGAUAAAUGUACUUAUAAUAUUCUUAUUAUUAAUUUAAACUGUAGUUUAAGCAGGAUAUCCCUAAGAAUUUAUAAUUUCGAAACACUAUUUAAAUACUGGUCAGAUGCUUGUUGAGAAAAUUGUAGAUGGUUGCUGUAUGUAUUCCAGUUGUUAAUAAAGAAACAUCACAAAUUGCAUGUGCUUGAAUUCAUUUAUACAUAUUAUAAUGUCAUCCUGUUGGAUAUUAUAAUAUCUGGGUGAAAUAUGGUGAUCUUACUAACCGCGCGGUAAGAAUCUCCAAAAUUAGUGAAAAUUGUUUGUUAAAAACUUAUUUUACCUACUUAAUUUUAUACAAAUGUUUUAGGCAAUUAAUGGUAAUAGCCAAACUCUUAGUCUUAUUGUCAUACAUUAAUAAUUUGUCUAACAAUCAUUAAUACCUAACAAUAAUUACGUGAUUAUUAAAAUGUUAUGAUCAAGCAAUGCAAGACA